UUCGUUUAUUUUACUAGUUAAUUUCAGAAUUGUUUUCAUUUAGAAAAUCAUCGCGCGGAAAAAGGUACGACGUUGAAAUCGGGAACUUCCGGUGACGGCUCCAGUGUGUUUCGCUUUAGUUUGGGAGUUAGCUCGGGAAGCUAACACGGUCCAUUGACAGAAGAAUAAACCGAGCUCCCGUCGCAGUGUGAUGACGUAACAUCUACGCAUGUCAACACAGUCGCUUGUGAAGCUUUGAGCAUCUCUGUCUCCUCCAGUGUCCCGGGAUGAGGGUCGACAACACGGAGCCCGAGGGGCCCGAGGGGCCCGGGGGGGCGGUGGGCAGGCGGGUGCGCUGCGGCGAGGAGCGGGCCACGGUGCGGUACGUGGGCCCGGUGCCGCCGACAGCAGGGCCGUGGCUCGGCGUGGAGUGGGAUGACCCCGACAGAGGGAAACACGACGGCAGCCACGAGGGGGUCCAGUAUUUCACGUGCAGACACGCCACAGGAGGCUCCUUCGUCCGUCCGGCCAAGGCGAGCUUCGGGGAGGACUUCCUGUCCGCCCUGCGGAAGCAGUACCACGUCGACACGGACGAGGUGCAGAGCGAGGACGGGCCCAUCCCGCUGGAGUGGAGGGGCCUCAGGGAGCGCAGUUUUGAGAGUCUUCAGUCGGUGCUGCUGGACGGACGAGAGGUGAACGGACCCGGAGCUGAGGGAGAAAUCAGGAGAACGACUCCCAAUGUCCAGUUGUUGGACCUCAGUAAGACUCUGUUGUCCUGUUGGGACGACGUGGGGACCAUCACCCAGCAGCUGGACCGACUGCGAGAACUCCGGCUCAGCUCCAACAGACUGCGUUUGCCCUCUGACCCCUCGAGGCUCUGUGGGACCUUCAGCAGCCUCAAAACUCUCUCUCUGAUCAGCUGUGAGCUCACCUGGCCACAGAUCCUGCAGUGCGCCCCCAUGUGGCCUCAGCUGGAAGAUCUCUGUGUGAAGGGGAACAGCAUCACGGAGCUGCAGAGGCCAGACGGCGUCCUGCAGAACCUCCGGACCCUGGACCUGUCCGGUAACGUUCUGCUGCAGGACACGGUGCUGCUCAGCUUGUCUGCUCUGCUCAGGCUGGAGCACCUGGACCUGUCGGACACCGGACUGUCUGUGAUCCGAUUUGAUGAUGCUGCUCAUGGCUCUCCAACAGCCAUGUUUCCUGCGCUGAAGGAUCUGAUGCUGGACUACAACAACAUCACUGAGUGGUUCGUGGUGGACGAGCUGGACAAACUUCCCAGUUUGGUGAAGUUGUCAUGUCGCGGCAACCGACUGACGAGCAGCGACGGAAACCGCAAAACAGCUGAUCAGAUCCUGAUCGCCAAACUGGGACGACUGGUCAUCCUCAACGGCUGCACGAUACACCCCAAAGAGAGAAGGGGGGCGGAGCUUGACUACAUGAAGAUUUUUGGAGGGGAGUGGCUGAAGUCAGGGGGGCGGAGUCAAACCAGCACAGAGUUCGCCCACCAGCACCCUCGCUUCCAGAGCCUCGUCGACAAGUACGGAGCUCCAGAGGAAGGAGAGCUGAAGAAACAGAGGUCGUCUGCCCUGAAGAGUCAGCUGAUCAAGAUCACAUUCAUGUUCCCUGAUGACGGCGAGCAGACGCCAAUCGAGAAGAAGCUUCCGGCCACCAUGCUUGUAGAGAAGGUGAAGGGUCUCCUGCACAGACUGCUCAAGGUUCCUGCCGCUGAUCUGAGGCUCAGCUACACCUGCACCAAGCCGGGGACCGAGUACGAGAUCGACAGCAACCUGAAGACCCUGCACUUUUACUCCGUACAGGAUGGAGACCAGGUCCUGGUGCGCUGGUCCUGACCCGGACCAGGAGAACCGGUCCGGUCUGACCCUGAGCUCCUCGUCUGUUGGACUGAGAAGUGGCAGCAGCCCAUCGGAGCUCUGAGAGCGGGAUCUGCACGACUUCAAAGAUUUAAUAAACAAUAAGUCGACAUUUCACACUUUAUUUGUGAUUGUGUUGUCACAUUGUGUAAAGUCUUGGUUUAUUCAGUUUGUGUGUGUGGACCCAGAUGAAUUCUGGGGGCUCAUUUCAUUCCCUCUGUCAGACUCACGGUCUGGAUCUCCUCCAGUGGGAUGUUAAUUUCCCUCCGGCAGAAAAAAAACAAACUUGCCGGUCCAAUCACAACCGAUUAUCUGAUAGUGACUUUUGUAAACAACCAAGAUGGCUGCCGCUGAUGAACGAGCAUUUGACUAAAAGUACCUCAUAUCUUCACAUUUGUCCCACAAAAACGACAACACUGGUUCACAGCCGUUGUUAAUCAUCAUCACAGACGUCACAGACGUCACCAGGCUCAGAAACAUCUGUAACAUCUGUGAAAACACAAGAUCCUUAUUGAAGUGUAGAUAACACUGUCAUCGAGCCUGUGGAACUGUUGUUACUCUGUAAUAUUUCAAGGUCUCGACCUCACUAUGUAAAGAGCCCUGAGACGAUGUAUGUUGUGAUUUGGCGCUAUACAAAUAAAAUUGAAUUGAAACAAA